CCAGCACCAAAACCAGCAUCAACACCCACCCAAUCACGCCACCACCUACACAUCCGCCAACAACCAAUCGCUGCACGGGCCUGCGGCGCAGGCGAUAGAGAUAGACGCCCGGUAGACCCACCACCGAUAGUCCAGAUGCUCCUAACCGAUUUCAACCCUAGCGACGUCGACAUCCUUCAAGACCCACGCUUUACCGUGGGCUGUCUUUUAUUCCCUGUGGCCCCGGCGCCAUCGGCUUCUUCCGAACGAAAUACGGAGAAUACAUGGGAAAGCCGUACUAGCGGUAUUAACCGCUCAGAUGAUGAUAGCGGCAAUCUACCGGGUCAAUCGACGCCAUUGCUUUCAGGAAAGGCAUUCGUCUCGCCGUUUUAUGUAGAUGCGGAUCCGGACCCGGGGACGGCGCCCGCGCAUCCUUCACGACACACCACAAAUACAGACCUAAGCACAAAACCGCAACCAGACGCAGAUGCAAGAAUUCCCUCAACAUUCUUCAUCUUCUCCGAUCUCUCCGUGCGCACAGCAGGCCUAUACAGACUCCAAUUCCGACUCAUGAACUGGGGCAGCGUCGAGGAUACGGGCCAGUCGAUGCCAAUUCUGGCGGAGAUGUGGUCGGAGCCGUUUCGUGUGUAUCCUGCGAAGGAUUUCCCGGGGAUGAGGGAUUCGUCGCCGUUGGCGGAGGGGUUGAAGGAGAUGGGCUUUGUGGAGUUAAAGACGAGAGGGAAGGGGAAGGGGAAGGGGAGGAGG